GCUCUGAUAAGGACGAGUCUGUCAUUACUGAUUACCUACACUUUACUCAUACCGCUGGGUUUCUUGUGCAGAUCAGCGACACCGCCGGCUCAGGGACAUCGAGAUAUAUAAAUAGACGACCAAUUUUUGUCCCAAGAUUUUCGCUGAUGGCAGUCUAACUCGGGCAAAGAGAAAAGAAAGGAAUCACUAUUUGAUGUCAAAGCGAGCAUGGUGUCUACCCCUAGACAUCUCUAUAGUCAUCAUCUCAUAUCCGUGUGUUCUGAUAUACCUCUACGGCAUGCGCGUAUGACGUUAACAAAAGUCCACGCUUCGGAAUCGAUUGAAACAGACUUUACGUGAGACUAUACACAAAACAGACAAAAAGAGAGAGAGUGAAUGGCAUCGUCAACACGACCCCAGCUAAGCAAACUCGAAUCCCUUCCCCCCGAACUCCUCGAAAAAAUCUUCUUCCAUUCUUUAUCUAUCAACCUCCCGCGCUCAUCAUUACACAUCGCGCAUGUGCUCUCAAAACCCAUAAUUUACAAAUGGUUAAUCCGGUUGGCAUUCAGUAGCGCCAACCCUGGUUCUCGACAGGGCAUUUUCACGGAGGACUUUCUCCCAUCCCCGCUAGACUUCUGGGCAUUGUCGAAUGCAGAGAGGUCAAAACUGCAGGGGGUUAUACUUGAAUGUCGAUGGAGUACUCUGAGACUAUUCCGGGAAUGUCAGAGGGAUUACGUCCUACAUGUCCUGAGACAAAAGGGGAAAGGGAUUGUAUUUGUUUCCGAGGAAGAUAGGAAAGGGUUUAACUCUAUCGAGGAGAAAUUCACCCGGUCGAUGAUGGAGUUUGAUAAAGCCGAGCAUGGCCGGAGGGGGAGUGGUGAUUUGAUUCUUAAAGGUAAAUUUCUCGACUCAUCAGAAGGAAAUGAAGAAAAAAAAGGAGGGGAUAUAAGAUUAUCAAUCUGGUUCCAUUUCGGCGCUGUCCAAAUCCGAGAACCGAGUCCAGUCGCCCAUGAAAUCGACAUGUUUCGUUUACCAUGUCCACCAUCUCCAAAUGAGCGACCACGCAUGCCAGAUAAAUUGCUACAUGCGCCCUGGACGGACGAAAAGAUCGAAUUUCUGACUCUGUUGAGUCAAGAAACGUACGUCGAUGAACAUAAUCAGAGCAGUGAACGGUCCCUCCAGGUCCUGCGACAACUCAUUCGGGAUAGGGAUUAUGUUACUUUUGAAAGGUUACUAAAUCUAAAAAUUACGACGAAGGAUUAUAGUUAUCCGCAGAAAUGGCCAGUGAAGACGCGGCAUUUUAGAGAGGCAGUGAGACUGCGACAGGGAAGGAAUGAUCCGUUUGUGGGGUUGUUGUUUGAUAAGAGAUGGGAUUCUUUGAAGGAUAGGACUGUGAGAGAGAUGGUUUUGAAGAGUUUGGAAAAUGAUUAAAUCGAAGACGGGGGA